AAGAACUGAAACUUCGCUUUCUGAACAUGAGAACAAAGUUUAAGAAGUAUAAAGAAGAGAAGGAGUCGGUUGUCAAGAGGUUGGAAAAGGAGUGCAGGGACGUCCGAAUUCUUAAAGACAACCACGCCACGAAAGCCGCCAAACUGGAUAGGGAAAACGCCGACCUCACGUUGGAGCUAGCCGAAACCAAGCGAGAGCUUCAGGACUCAAACAACGCCAAAAAUCGCGCGGAUGAGAAAUUACAGACCCUGAAAAAAGAGCGGGACGACUUGUUCGGAAAGGUAGCCGACGCCGAAAGAGCCGCCAGGAUCGCGCAAGGUCGCCAACAGACGGUAGAGACGGAGAAAGAAGAAGUGGAAAGACAUCUCGCGCAAGUUGCCGCGGAGAGAGAAGACCUGGAAAAGGACAAGAGAGACCUGGAACACAUUCUGAAACAUAUCAUAGAUCAGCACGGUGUGAGUGAAAAGGACGACAGCCCGCUGGCCGCCAGGAAACUCGCCAUACAGCGGAGAGAUGGGGUCCGGCCCGGGAGACAGAACAUGUCGAACAGAAAGCGUCAGAUGGAAGUGGAGAACGGACGGCGCGUGGUGAUAGAACGGGCGUUCAAAAAGGAGACUGUCGAUAACAAGAACAAAUUCGCGGACCUCCUCCGCAAGAAGAAUCCUUGAAAGGACAUCUUUAAAAUUCAAGCUGUAAGCAAUACUUGAGCAAAGGUUACUUUUCCAUACUAGUAUGAAAACUUGGAUGAUUUGAUGAUAAUAUGUGUGGCGAAAUAGGUCGCAUGCUUGAAGUUGAACCGGGCAUGUGAAAGAGAUCUAGUGAUCCAGGGAAUCUAUCGUAUAUUGUCGUUCAAUCAGAACGUAGUGUAUAUUUGCAAAAGACUCUGGAAAAAUUUGAAUGAACAGGGACAAAUUUUCUCCAUAUUUUAUUGUGCUGUCUCAAAGUCUACUUGCCGACAAUGUUUGUAUGAUUUAGUCUUCUUUCUGAGACAUUACAAAGGGGUAUUCAUUCAUUCUUUAUUCGCCUCAUUCAUUCAUAGACUGAAUUAUGUUACAUUCAAGAUCAAGUCGAGCGUUGGUGAUGGUUUGAAAGAGAACUAAUUAACUUCACAAUGUCGUACCGGCUUCAACAAUACGAAGUGAACCGUGACUUUUUUCUGAUCAGAAACCCAUGAAAAUCACCAUUGAUCGAAGUUUUCUUUGUGAGGCGGUUCUUCAGAGAGCAAGUCUGUACAAGUUUCCUCCUGAACACGGACUUUCGACGCUUUGUUUACCUUCCUUUUGUUAGAUUGCAAACCGAUGACUUAAGUUACUGCGCGAUACAAUGCGACACCUGUCGUUAAGUGGAAUAUUUACAAAUAAAGGCUGGCUCGAU